AUGGAAAUAAAUAAACGCAAGAGAAGUCAAAAAGGGAAUGUUCAAGCGCCAUUUUUGAGGUCUGUCGUUUCAGCGUUUGUAGCGAUGGCUGGUGCUGUCAGUAAGGUUUCCGGCGACAUCAACUCAUCAGGCUUCGACCGUAUCCGUCCGCCGCCGCCGCCGCCGCCGCCUGAUUCUUCCCUUCUUUUGGCUACCAGGCCUCCCAGACAAGCGGUGUCUUAUUGGACGUGCUCAAAGCUUUGUGCAAUUUGCUUCGUUGCUGGAAUGGUUUUCGGUUACUCACUCAGAGGACGAGUCAGGCGUUGGGCUUCUAACAUCCUCAAGAAGCUCAGCUGA